AUGUCCCAGACAACUGCCUCCACCUCGACUGCAGCUGCACCUUCAACCCUGCAGGAGAAGUCGUUCAAACGCAAACUCGAAGAUGCCCUCCAUAUCCUGGACGAAGCGGUGGUGCCUUCCGCCUCUGCUGCAGAUUUACCCCCACCAGCCAAGAAGCCACGUCUAGCUCGCUCAUUAUACUCGACUCUCGCAAAGUAUGGUAUCACAAAACAGCCGAAACCUGCCGGUCCUACAGACGAGCUAGAAAAGUUGUCAAAGACUGCCCCGCACCUCGCUGCCAUACUCUCUCGCACUGCCACCCGGACACGGAAAGCGCUCCCGUUCAAGCUCAGCCACGCCUUUUUGUCAACACCAACAAUACCUGCUUCGCACUCGGCAUCGGAAUACCGGCCGUCCUCUCUGAGCUCGUUCCUCGCGCGCCUUGCGACGUUCAAGCUCUCGUCAUACUCGAACAAACCUCCCGCCAUCGACGCGGUCGCCGCCGCAAAGUGCGGCUGGGUCAACAGCGACAAGGACCGCCUGCUGUGUGGGAUAUGUGGGGUCUCGUGGGUCCUCGCAGGCAGGGAGGGCAUGAACCGCGAUGCUGCAAACGCGUUAGUCGAGAAGCAGCGUGUUCAAUUGGUGGACAUGCAUAAGGACGGGUGCCCGUGGAAGGUUAGGCAAUGUGAUCCUUCGAUAUACCGAAUUCAUAUGCAAGCACCCCUGGCAAUGGCAAGAGAAAUCAAGUCUCGGGCGAUUGCUAUGGAACCAGUCCUGCAAAACGUGAUGAUCAAGCAUCCCUUGUCAUCGGUUCAGGUGCAAUCUCUGCUCUCGACGAUAUCAUCGGUUUCGAGACCUGCCUUACCCCUGUCCGACUCUGAGCCGUCUCAGUCAGAGUCCAUCUCUGCGUCGAGCGUUCCGGUCGCGCAGCCUGAGCCUUCGGAAACUGCUGUCAUUGCCUCAUUAUUCGGGUGGUCUGUCGCUCCCGCAGCACCGCCUGCGGAACGAACGCGCGUAUCGUCCAUCUCGCGUGCCAAUUCCGUCGCUCCUUCGAGCGCUGUACGUGCCGUUCCGCGAUCCCCGUCGGUGUCGUCUCUCCGAGAGGGCACAGCGACGCCGAGCAUAUCACACGCGCCUCUGAACAAUGAUCAGCUCCCUUCUACCGCUUCGGCGGUACCGAGAAGUCCUUCUAGUAUUUUGCUGAAGAACGACGCGGAUACGACAUUGUUGUAUUGUGCGCUGUGCCAGCGCCGACUCGGGCUGUGGUCAUUCUUGAAAUCGCAAGCGAACAGUGAGCAGACACCCGCCCACGAGGGAGCUGCUGGAGCCAGUGUGGCGAUGCCGAAGAGACAACUCGACGUCCUGCGGGAGCACAGGCCGUAUUGUCCGUAUGUCGUACGCUCGACCGUGGUGCCCUCCCUUGCGGCGGCGCAGCUGGCGACACCCAGUCAUGCGCAUUCCGCUUCGACUGGUAUCCUCCCGAACAAGCCGACAUCCUUGCCUGGCGAGCAGGGAGGCGCUGUUGAGGGAUGGCGGGCGGUGUUGACUGUUGUACUGCGUCAUGGAAUGGCGCGGAGGCAGCGCUUGGGUCUCAACAGAGCAACUACCGCAAGACGGGCAAGCGGGGCACAAACAAAUGAGAGCGAUACUGUUUCGCAGGCGAUGGAAAUGGAGGUGGACCCCGUCGAAGCUAUGGUUGCUGGGGUGAAAGCUCGUGGUGGCAAAGAUCUGUUGAGAUACGUGAAGGCGACAUUAGCGUGGGCGUCAAUGCGCAGUCCUGAACUUGAUGCCUUUCUCCUCCUGAUCUACUUAGUUCCGUACCCCCCGUACCCAUCUCCUCGUCGUCCUCUCGCUAUGCCUGCCCGCUAUGCUCCUCUGCCUAACCCCCGCUCGGGCCCGGACGCAGAGCGCGAGAUGGACGACGCAUUCGACGACGACGAGCAUCACACCGAGUCCACUCCCCUGACACAUGGCUACCCCGCGUCGCAGUCGCCCACAGAACACACUGCUCCUGCGCUCCUCGCGAUCCCUGGAACAUAUGACUUCGAGCGCGAUCGCGAUUACGACUAUCCGCCACCAGGAUCACCGCCACACUCGUCCAUCUUCGCCCUCCCGAACGACUUCGGCAACUCCAACGGCCGCCUGCCGUCAUCGCCUGUGCGGCCCAAUGCAAGCAGGCCUUCGUUCUUUAGAAGAGCUGUAGGUGUGCUACUCCCGCAACACUACUCUAGGAUACCUACCGAGCCGAGCCACCCGGCGCCACGAGGGGGCGGCACCGAGAAUGACGGGGUGUUCGCUAAUGUGAUGGCCAAGCCUGGCAGAGCGGUGCCAGUGACGAACGAAAGUGGAGAGGUGUUCCUCGUUCCCGAGGAAGCGCAGAAGGAGACACCACCCACAUACGUCGAGGCGCAAGCUGACGCGGUCCCUCCCUACUGGGAGACGACUGUCCAUGCGCCUAUCGGCCUCGACCCCGGUGCAUACAUGAUCGUCGAUGACCUGCCCACAGGCUCCGUCAUUUUCUUCGUGGCGACCAUGUUCAUCUCUUACUUCUUCCAGUUCGUGGGGUUCAUCCUCACGUAUCUCCUGCACACGAGCCAUGCGGCGAAGUACGGUUCCCGCGCGGGACUCGGCCUGACGCUCAUUCAGUAUGGGUUCUACUCGCGAAGCACGUCGAACGACGAGGGCAUGACGGGGCAGGACCUGAUGUAUUGGAACGAGACGGCAGGGAUGCCUAUGUCCGUCGUGCGCCCAACCGCGGACUCGCCGUGGAUAAUGCCAUCGAACGGCACAUACAUGAAUCUGUCCCCUGAUGCCUUUGGCAUCACAUCGCGUGAUUGGCUGUCACUCCUCUUGAUGACACUUGGGUGGUUCCUGCUUUUGUGGUCCCUCAUCGGGUUCUACCGCGUCAAGCGGUGGGAGUCCUCCAUCCGUGCGUCUGCCAAUGCUGCACCGAUCUCUCCGGAACAGAUGCAGCGCGAUGCAGAGGUCCGCCGCAACCUCGAGCGCGUAUUCGGAUUGGUGGACCAGGGCGCGAGCGCGAACGAGAACGAGAACGUCCUGCGACGGGAGCAGAUAUCAGAAGCCGACCUGAGGUUACGGAGGGAUCUGCAGGCGGCGGGCUUGAUAUGA